ACCGACAUGUCAGAUUGAAAGGAUACUAGUGAGCUACCCGCUUGUGUGCGACGGACAUUUUCGAAGCCCGGAGAGAUAUCUCCAGGCAAUUGCCGUUUUCUUAUGGACCUGAAAGCAUUUACAAUGACUCGGAUCCGCUUUCUGGACUCUUGAGGGGCGACGGAAAUGAUACGAUUAAAGCACUUAUGCCUUGAGUAGACUAAAGAGGGGUCCCUACCUUGGAAGUUCAGAGUAUUUGAAGAGCCUCUGCAGCCUCGUCUGGAACCCAGGUCGCCUGCCGUUUCUUGCCUCUUCCCUUUAUAUUAAUACUAAUUCUGUAAUAUCAGUCGCUUUUUGCGUUCCACCACCGUAUUAAACCACGAAUCGUAUCGAUUUGCAACAAGCCAUCUCCGUCUUCGCAAGCAUCUCCACGUCGAUCACUCCAACAUGCGUACCACCAGUGUUCUUACGGCGUUUCUGCCUGCAGUACUCUCAAGUGUUAUACCUACCACCGAGGAGUUCUCACCGGCUCUGUCUUUUGACAAGAGACAGGAUGUAACUCUCCAAGGUUUUGGAGGAAAGAUUCUUCAGGCUGAUUUGUAUGCUGGUGUUGCGGGUCUCAAUCAACAGAUCUACCAAGCUACCCAGCAAAACGGUCAAUGGAAGACUUGCAACCCUCUCAACAUCGUUGUUAGACGUGAAUGGUCUGCUUUCUCUACAGCUGAGAAGAAGAACUACAUCAAGGCCGUUCAGUGCAUGGCGAAGCUCCCACCCAAGUUUCCAAAGUCAGUCUGCCCUGGAUGUCAAAAUCGAUUCGAUGACUUCGUGGCUACACACAUUCGCCAGACCUUUUCCAUCCACAACACUGGCAACUUCCUGCCCUGGCACAGGUACUUCACCUACGCUUACGAGAAGACACUGCGGGAUGAGUGUGGCUACAAGGGCUACCAGCCUUACUACAACUGGCCGAAAUGGUCUGACGAUCCAACGAAGUCUCCUCUGCUCGAUGGCUCCGAGACCUCGUUAGGCGGUAACGGCGUUCUUGGCUGCACCAACCAGACGUCCUACGGCAUCCCUACCAAUGUUUCUCCUUUGAUCAACGUUCCUCAUGGAAGUGGCGGUGGCUGCAUCGCCUCUGGUCCUAUGAAGGGCUGGCCUGUCAACCUUGGUCCCGUCUUCACCGACCUGACAUGCACACCUAACAACCCCAUCUUCAACUAUAGCGACCCAACUACAGCCGGUCAGGUCGGUCUCGGCUACAACCCUCGCUGCCUGAAGCGCGACAUCUCUGCCUGGACCUCAAGCCAGUGGACCAACGACGAGAUGGUCACCAAGCUGCUGAACAGCAAAGAUAUGAAGACCUUCUGGUACGAUAUGCAGGGCGGCGAGAGCGCUUUCUCCAACAACUUCAUGGGUGUGCACACUGCAGGCCACUUCACUGUCGGCGGUGACCCAGGGUCAGACUUCUUGACCUCCCCUGGUGACCCGUACUUCUAUGCUCAUCACGCCCAAAUAGAUCGUGUUUGGUGGACAUGGCAGAACCUGAACCCCUCCGCGCGCACCAAGGCUAUCUACGGUACCACUGUGCUCGCUGAUCCUACUGCACCCAACACAACAUUGUCUGACUCUAUGACUCUUGAAUAUGCGUUCGCUGGCAACAUCACGGUCGGCGAUGCUAUGUCGACAAUGGGAGGCCCCUUCUGCUACACUUACAUCUAGACAACACUUCUAUUGUUGUAUAGAGACUUUCAAUGUACAUACUUUGACAUGGUUCCAAUGUACCGUCUCUCCAGUGCAGGAACAAUUUGGGUACAAAACCUGCAAGGUGAGAGCUAGCUAUUCGUAAAGACAAUUCUUGUCGGAC